CUGUUGCCCCCUCCACAGACUCGUCUACAGCCAAACCCACUGGGAAAAUGAAGAAACAUCGAGUGCAACAUUGCGCUGCCAUCAACUGCAAAAACAAUCGCUUUGACAACCCAGACAUGUCUUUCUUUCGAUUUCCAAAGGAUGAAGAAAGGUGUAGACAGUGGGUGAUCAACACAGGGAGGGAAGAUAUCCUCCAUAAAUCUGCUGCACAGCUCAACAGCGGGUCUGUGCUCUGUGCUAGUCAUUUUGAGGACAGUCAGUUUACAUCAGAGAAAAAGACUCACCUAAAAACUUUAAAGGCUGUUCCUACCUGUUUUGAUGUUCUAAAUCCCCCAGAAAAAAUAACGCCUUUGAGAAAGCUACCAGAAUCUCCACCUUAUCUGCCGAGACUGAAAAGAAAGCUUCUCAAAGUUUCAAAUGUAUGCUGUAGUCAAGAACCAAUAAAUGGCUCGAGAAAACCUGUUGAACGUGAACUGCAAUCUCAAUCUGAACGAAUCAGAAUUCUUACAAGGAAAUUGGUUAGACAGAGAAUUAGGAUAAAACGACUAAGAAACUCUUCAAACAAAUUAACACGCUCCGCCAAAGAAAAUAGUAGGCCUGUUUUGCAUCAGAGAAGUAACUUCAGUUCUGGAGGACAGUCUACAGCUAUAGAUACCGGUAAACAACAUCCUUGCAUAACCAGUCCACUCAACUCAGAUUAUAAAUAUAAUGCUGAAACACUUUUUGCUGAGAAGAGUGAUAGUGCAAGUGACAAAGUGGUCGCGAAGGACAGUCAAAAUCAAAAUGAAGCUGUCAUGUCUGGCACUGUUGCCUCCUCCUCUGACUUGUCUACAACCAAACCUACUGGGAGAAAGAAAAAACCCAAAGUCCAACAUUGCGCUGCAAUUAACUGCAAAAACAAUCGCUUUGACAACCCACACAUGUCUUUCUUUCGAUUUCCAAAGGAUGAAGAAAGGUGUAGACAGUGGGUGAUCAACACAGGGAGGCAAGAUAUCCUCCACAAAUCUGCUGCGCAGCUCUUCAGGGGAGGGUCUGUGCUCUGUGCCAAUCACUUUGAAGACAGUCAGUUUACCUCAGAGAAAAGGACUCUCCUGAAACAAAAAAAGGCUGUUCCUACCUGUUUUGAUAAUCUAAAUGCUCCUGAAAAAAUAACACCAGUGACUACUUUGAGGAAUCCACCAGAACCUUGCUCUUAUAAUCUGCCCAGACUGAAGGAAAAGCAAGUUUCAGCUGUAUUCUGUCAUCAAGAACCAAUAAAUGACGCAAGCAAUCUCAAAGAACAGCAGUCUCAAUCUGAACAAAUCAAAAUUCGGACAAAGAAAUUAAAUAGACAGAGAAUUAGCCUGAUAAAACGACUAAGAAACUCUUCAAACAACUUAACGCGUUCCGUCAAAGAAAGAAGUAGGCCUGUGUUGCUUCAGAGAGGUAGCUUUACUUGUGGAGAACAAUCUACAGAUUUAAAACAACAUCCUUGCAUAGCAAGCCCACUCAACUCAGAUAACUCUGAAACACUUUUGGCUGAGGAGAGUGAUAAUGCAAGUGACAAAGUGGUCGCGAAGGACUGUCAAAAUCAAAAUGAAGCUGUCGUGUCUGGCACUGUUACCUCCUACUCUGACUCGUCUACAACCAAACCCACUGGGAGAAAGAAAAAACACAAAGGCCGAUAUUGCGCUGCCAUCAACUGCAGAAACAACCGCUUUGACAACCCAUACAUGUCUUUUUUUCAAUUUCCAAAGGAUGAAGAAAGGUGUAGACAGUGGGUGGUCAACACAGGGAAGCAAGAUAUCUUCCACAAAUCUUCUGCGCAGCUCUUCAGGGGAGGGUCUGUGUUGUGUGCCAAUCAUUUUGAAGACAGUCAGUUUACAUCAGAGAAAAGGACUCAUCAUGUGAAACAUAAAAAGGCUGUUCCUACCUGUUUUGAUAUUCCAAAUGCUUCUGAAAAAAUAAUACCUUUGAGAAAUCCCCCAGAAUCUCACUCUUAUAAUCUGCCCAGACUGAAGGAAAAGCAAGUUUCAGCUGUAUUCAGUCGUCAAAAACCAAAUGACUCAAGUGGACCUAUUGAACCUGAACAGCAAUCUCAAUAUGAACCAAUGAGAAUUCGAACAAAAAAAUUAAAUAGACAGAGAAUUAGGAUAAAGCAACUAAGAAACUCUUCAAACAACUUAACACACUCCGUCAAAGAAAGAAGUAGGCCUGUGUUGCUCCAAAGAGGUAACUUUAAUUCUGGAGGACAGUCAACAACUAUAGAACGGUAUCCUUGCAUAGUAAAACAACUUAACUCAAAAACACUUUUGGCUGUGAGGAGUGAUAGUGCAAGUGACAAAGUGGUCGUGGAGGACAGUCAAAAUCAAAAUGAAGCUAUCGUGUCUGGUGCUGUUGCCCCCUCCACAGACUCGUCUACAGCCAAACCCACUGGGAAAAUGAAGAAACAUCGAGUCCAACAUUGCGCUGCCAUCAACUGCAGAAACAAUCGCUUUGACAACCCAGACAUGUCUUUCUUUCGAUUUCCAAAGGAUGAAGAAAGGUGUAGACAGUGGGUGAUCAACACAGGGAGGCAAGAUAUCCUCAACAAAUCUGCUGCACAGAUCAACAGCGGGUCUGUGUUAUGUGCCAGUCAUUUUGAAGACAGUCAGUUUACGUCAGAGAAAAAGACUCACCUGAAAACUUUAAAGGCUGUUCCUACCUGUUUUGAUGUUCCAAAUCCACCAGAAAAAAUAACGCCUUUGAGAAAUCCACCAAGAUCUCGACCUUAUUUGCCUCGAAGGAAAAAAAAAGCUUCUCAAAGUUUCAACUGUAUUCUGUCAAGAAUCAAUAAAAAUGGCUCGAGAAAACCUGUUGAACGGGGUCAGAAAUCUCAGGCUGAACGAAUCAGAACAAGGAAAUUGAACAGACAGAAAAUGAGAAAACAAUGACUUCGUACUAGAAAGAAACUUUUCCAAUAACUUUAAAUGCCCAUUUAAAGAAAGAAGUACUGGUACAUCACAAAUUAGAUCUACAUCAAAGAAGUAACGUCUAAUUUAAUUAAAACGAGGAGAUUUACCCUUUUUUCUGCUAGCAAACAGCAAAAAGGUGAAUGAUGGACAGUAUGAGACGAGCUAUGCACUGUCCUUUUAUCAUGCUUCACCAAAGGCCUUCAGAAUGCUACAACUAAAACAUAUAUUAGUUUUUUUGGUGACUUCUGUGGAUAUCCAAGCCUCUUAUGAGAGUCAUGAUGAGAAUUGAAAUUAUCUACAUGUACGAGGUCCGUUUCAUUAAAAAUAAGAAACUGUAACUGUAAGAAAUUAUGUCUGCAAAGAUUGCACCGUAGAGGCAAAGUAGAAAAUUCCUUAUCUUCACAUGCAAGACCCUGACAUUCACCAACGGAAAGAAAUUUGAACAUAUCGUCACACUGUGACUCACUCACAGUGGUUGGAAGAAAUCGUUAUAAAAGUAGGACAGAUUGGACUCGGUUUUUUUGUGACUGGCUGUUUUUCAAAGAAAGGAAGACAAAAUGAGUGACUGUGAUUGCAAAUACAAAGGACAUUUUUGGGUUUUUUUAAUACUUUUUACACAA